GAAACGGUACGAAUAAGAGAGAAAUUCAUAAAAAAUGCGUGCAGAUCUGGGAAACCAAAAGCAAGCAAGCUUUGGGUGAUGCUAAGCUAAUCUCACCUUUUUUAUCUCUAAUCUCAAAUAAAACCCUAAUUAAUGACUAAUUAAUUACCUUUUGAUUAUCAUAUACUACUAGGGUUUGUAUAUAUGAAAGCGAAGCAACAAUCUAUGAACAACGAUGAUGAAGGGGAUGGAGUCUGAACUGAAAGACUUGAAUUCCAAAGCAGCGAAAUCGAAUGGAAAUGACACCGUUCGCGACGAUCGUCCUCUUCUCAGAUCAGAUUCAGUAUCUUCCACCACCACCUCAACCACCGCAACCGCAAUCACCGCGGCGGAGCUACAAGAGCUUGAGAAGAAAUUCGCGGCGUAUGUUCGUCGCGAUGUUUAUGGAACCAUGGGGAGAGGAGAGUUAGCAGCUAAGGAGAAACUAUUGCUUGGUUUCGCACUUGUUACGCUUCUUCCAAUUAGAGUGAUUCUUGCUGGGAUUGUUUUGGCGGUUUAUUACGUUAUCUGUAGGGUUUGUACAUUGUUUUUGAGUCCGAAUCGUGAAGAUGAACAAGAGGAUUAUGCUCAUAUGGGAGGGUGGAGAAGGAUUGUUAUUGUUCGGUGUGGAAAAGCUCUUUCCAGGGUUAUGCUUUUCGUUUUUGGAUUUUAUUGGAUUCCUGAAUCUACUACCUCAAUCAAUCAGGAAGACAAACCUCAGCCUGAAAAGACGGAAAGGCCUGGUGUAAUAAUAUCUAAUCAUGUAUCUUACUUGGAUAUUUUGUAUCACAUGUCUUCCUCUUUCCCAAGUUUUGUUGCUAAGAGAUCGGUGGCCAAGCUUCCUCUUGUUGGUCUCAUCAGCAAGUGCCUUGGUUGCAUCUAUGUUCAGCGGGAAUCAAAGUCAUCUGACUUCAAGGGUGUUUCAGCUGUUGUCACGGAAAGAAUUCGAGAAGCACAUCAGAAUGAAUCUGCUCCAUUAAUGAUGUUAUUUCCAGAAGGUACAACCACAAAUGGAGAUUUCCUCCUUCCAUUCAAGACUGGUGGUUUUUUGGCAAAGGCACCAGUACUUCCUGUAAUUUUAAAAUACCAUUACCAAAGAUUUAGCCCUGCCUGGGAUUCAAUUUCUGGGGUGCGCCAUGUGAUAUUUCUCCUAUGUCAGUUUGUAAACUAUAUGGAGGCGACACAAUUACCUCUUUACUAUCCCUCACAACAGGAAAAGGAUGAUCCCAAAUUGUAUGCGGAUAAUGUUAGAAGGUUGAUGGCUAGUGAGGGUAAUUUGACACUUUCUGAUAUUGGGCUAGCUGAAAAACGAAUUUAUCACGCUGCUCUCAAUGGUAAUAAUAGCCUGCCUAGUGUUUUGCAUCAGAAAGACGAUUGAUAAUUUCAUGAACCCGGCCUCAAUUGAUAUGUAGUUCCAUUCGAGUUUUGGUUUCAAACUUAGAAUUUGCUUUAUAUAUGAAUGGACAGCUUGUGUGAGGUGGGGGUGCUAUAAUCGCAUAAACUACUGAAUAGUACUUGUGUAAUUUUCUUGUAAAUACUGUAACCAAUAAUGUAUUUUAAUUGUUGGUGAAUGAGAGACGCAAUUCAAGAGCCAAAAGUUUUAUUGUGAUAAAUGACCUAACUCAUUUGAGAAAAGCCAUGUAAGCUUAGACUGAA